GCUCACUCGUCAACACCCUCCUUUCCCUCCUCACCUGUCUACACCUUUCUCUCUCUCUCUCUCUCUCUCUCUCUUCCUCUCUCCCUUUCGCUUGUCGACGGCUUUCCUUCCCUUCCACUUACCAACACCAACCCUUUUCUUCCUCCCCGACUCAUUCGUUUGUCCGACCUUCACAACGAUAAUCGGCAGAGUUAUUGGAGCUCCCUGGGUUCCUGCUUCGAUCAAUGUCGGCUAUUGGGGUCCCCGUGUUUACCCCGAUUCCGCCGGGCUUCGAUGUAAAGCAGCUGGCUGAAGAGCCUGGCUCGCAUUUCCACCUGGCCACCCGGGUCGACGCUCGCACACUUACGCCUGAUACUGCGGAACAAUUCGAUGAGAUUUAUCGCUCGCAGGUGCUACAGAUUGGUGAGCCACUGGUCAUUGAAAAUUGGCAUCUGAAGAGUAGAUGGCCCGGUCAUAUUUUCAAGGACGAGUGGUUAGACAAUAAUCUGGGGAGGCAACGUAAGUUCCAGUUCCCGCUCUCUUUCCUAUCACCGCCCUCCCCUAGAAAUUCUUGUAAAUUCUUGGCUAACGAUUUCUCACAGGCGUGCAGAUCCGGGACCUUGUCAAGGGUACCGAUGAUGAGUGGUCACUCGGCUGGUACCUCAGUAAAUGUGGGAUAUUGGCAUCCAAAUUUAACUCGGAGAAUUACAAAAGCUUCAAACGCCAGCGACUUUAUCUCAAGGAUAUGGAUUGUCCAUCGAUAUGGAUGAAAAAUUUGGGGGAUAUCUUGCCAAGAGGAACUUUCUAUCUUGACGAAAAUGCGGAUCUCAUGGCAGCGCUGCCCGAGGAAUUGCGGGCUGUAAACAUGAUGUGCUACGUUGGUCAUGAGGGAACAUUUACUCCUUGUCACAAGGAAAUGUGCUCAUCCAUUGGGCAAAAUAUCAUGGUUUCGGCCUCUGAGAAUGGAAAAUCGAUCUGGUUUUUGGUAAAACCCAACGACCGCGCAAAAUUGGCUGUGUGGUUUAGGAGUGUUCUGGGACAGGACCUCGAAUUGGAGAACUACUUUGCUUCCAUUGAGGAUUGGAAGAAAGCUCCGGUCGACGUGUGGAUAGUGGAACAGAGGGUUGGCGACUUUCUCAUUAUUCCGCCGGCCAGCCCACAUCAAGUUUGGAACCAGGGGGAUCUUACAAUAAAAGCGGCGUGGAACAGAUGCACACCCGAAUCCCUCAGGGUUUGCCUCUCGGGCGAACUUAGCAUGAGCAAGUUUGCAUGCCGGGAAGAGGCGUAUAAGGUUAAGACCAUGGUAUAUAUGGCUAUGUUAAAGAUCGCAAACGAGCUCAACGAAACCCCAUCGAGUGAAGAUGAAGGCAUUGUGCGCGACUUUCUCACCUUAUAUCCCCUCUUUGAGGCGAUAAUGCUGGAUGAGGCCUUUUCACCCGAGUUGCCAGUGCCGGCAGUCGAGGACGUCCGGGCAGAGUUUGGGAUCACCUGUUCAUUCUGUAGCGGCAAUAUCUUUAACCGUUUUCUAUCCUGCCCAACCUGCCCUAUCGGCAAUGGCGAUAAUGCCGAUUGUUACGACAUUUGUAUGGAUUGUUAUACCCUCGGCAGGAGAUGCAAGUGCGAUACACCACCGAAGUGGGUCCAGCAAUACCCAUGGGCUACUCUUCGGAACGAUCACGAGAGAUUUCGACAGAUCUUUAACCGUCUCGUGGAGGGCCAGCAGUUUUCUUCUAUUUUUAAGCGCGUUGGUGUGGCCAGAUCUACUAAGGAGUCGUUGGAUCACCUAGCAAGCGCGGAAAAUGUCACCAGGAGAUCACGCGCAUGGGUUUCCCAGAUAUUAUCUGAUUUGUAUACAAGAUAUCCUGGACAGAGAAGAAAGGGGGCACGGGCGAUCAAAGAUGCUGCAAAGGUAGUUUUUUUUCUUUUUCUUCUUUUCCCUCUUCACCUUGAUUUUACAAGAUUGCGGCGUAUCUGACUGACAGCGGCGGCAACAGGAUGAAGUGGAUAAUAAAGCUAACUGCCAUGUUUGCAAAAACCCGCAUGCUCCGAUCAUAUACGUCGAGUGCUCAAAUGAAAGAUGUAACAAACGCUAUUGUUACGGUUAUCUGUGGAGAGCACACUCCCAGAACCCUUACAUGGUUAGUAACCUCUGGGCAAAUUCCCGGUGCAUGUCAAUUCUGAUUUUAAUUCGGUUUCUAGAUUUUGUCAUCCAUGAACUGGAGAUGUCCUUUCUGUUUGAAACAGUGCACAUGCGCUGCCUGCCUUAAGAGUGGUAGAAAUGGGAGGAAAGCCCGCCGGAACAAUCCAAUUUGGCUUGGUUACAAUACUCGCGCGGUCACCGAUCAGAGGAGCGAAGAGUGGUUGACCACCUUUGCCCAGCACAAUAAAAAGUGGGCGACCUCGUCCGGUGACGGUGACGGCGCCUCUCAGAAGAGGAAGAGAUCGGACGGCAGUGGCGAAGACAGUGACGCGGACAUUGGUGGUAGUGGCAGCAGCGGUGGUGAGGUUGAUGAUGGAGAGAGCAUCAGCAAUGAGGAUGAUGUCAUGGACGAUGAGGAAGACGGAGAUUGGGAGGGGCCCGGUAUGUAGCCUGGCUCAAAUGCCCUCGAAACUCCCCAAGUGUUAACAGUUGAUCAAAGGCAAGCAUCCUAGCCUCCUCGAUUUUCCAUCAGCGGUUGGAGUGAGAGGAGGUGAUCCUUCUUUCAUUUCUGGUAAGAGAAGUACCAAUGUUAACCUUCUCGCAUCGCAGCUAGCUAUUCUCGCCCGUGAGUGCGAUCCUUCAACUGGAGAACCCGGUGGCGGAGGCAGGAUUAUAAAUGUUAUAGAGAGCAGGGGGCGGGAUCAGAAUAAUUCAUUAGCACUAUUUGAUAACCAUAGCUUAGAAAACAAUACUAUCGCUAGUCCUCUUUACUCCGGUCUUGAUAACUCAGCUUUACGGUCGAACAACCUUUCCCAACUCGAGAUGGACCCAGAGGCAUUUAGAAUUGCUGCCGGCCUUUUAUCGGUGGAGGACGGUGCGUCCGCUCCUCCUAUACAGCAGCCAUCAUCCGCCUCUCCCGAAGCAUUAUCACUCCCAUUAUUCCUGAACGGACCCGCGAAACUCGAGGUAGAACGCGUCGUAAAGUCACCCACGCCGGAGCCAAUUGAAACGAAAGCGGGCUGGGUCAAGAAGGCAAAAUUAGCUAGGAAGAGGUUCGCAAAUCUCCAGGCGGGAAAGAACAGACGAAAGAGUUUGAUUGUCAAACUCCAGGUUCGGGUCGAGGAAUGGGAGGAAACGCUAGUUCGGUCCGACGUACCGCCUAAGAAGAUACUCCUGGAAGAGAAAGAGAGGGAGGAUGAAGCCCCCCCCGUGCAACCCCCAUCACCGUUGCACAAGGAUCAAGGAGAGGAACCGUUGGAGGAUGACGCUGAGGGAUCCGUGGAGGACAUACUCUCCGAUGGGCCCCAGCGCCGACCGAAGGCAGCGCGGGGGGAUGGCGAAUACAUUGCCAGAAACCGCACGGGCAAUCCCCCGGCACCAUUAAUGGCACUCUCCUCUGUCCGGUCAAGACGACGAAGUCAAUCCCUCCAAGGCAGCGUCCACAAUGACAGCGCCAACAGCAGCAAGCACACACCCUCACUCGAGCAGCCCUCGUUCGAGCAACCCUCUACUGCUGCCCCAGCUCCUCCACCUUCUCCUCCGCCACUGACCAGCCUAAUACCCUCCGACUGGUCCUUCGCCGUAAUAAUCACCAAAAAACCCGACUGCCACAAGUAUGCAAAAAUCGCUACCACUAGCCGUCCUCGGGGUAGACCGCGCAAGACCCAGCCAGCCGGCAAAGCGCAAGAGGACGAUGACUUCAAACUCGCGUCUUGGUCGAAAGUGAUGAAAUCAGAGAGCACAACUCUUACAAAGGGGUCUGUUCGACCACGUGCGGCCAGCACUGUUUUUGCGGUAGGGGUGGAAUCGUCGUCGGAUGAUGAGGAGGGUUAUGUUGAGAGGGGCCCGCGACCAGUUUCUGUGGAUAGUGGGGAGGAUGGCGAUGCAGAGGGGCUCGGAAAGGAGAGAAUGGUGGUUGGGAGGGGGCGGGUGCGGAAGAAGUGGAAGGUGGAGGAGGGGCAGGGGGAGGGGGAGGAACGAGGUGGAGGUUACGACGAGGAGGGCGAAUAUAAUCGCAGGUGGUCUAGGAGGAGGUCAUAUCAGUAG